AUGGCGCCCAACACCAUCAACGAGUCCAUCCCUGAGCACGCCCGGUCGGACUCUUCCCAGGCGAACAAGGACCGCGCCGUCCCGCUGUGGGACGACGGCGACAUCACGGUCUUCAGGCCGGAGCGCUGGAUCAAGACCGACGAGAAGGGAGUGGAAACGUUCAACAUCCACGCGGGACCGGUGAUGCAGUUUGGUGGUGGGCUCAGAGGCUGCUUUGGGAAGAAGUUGGCCUACCUGGAGAUGAAGAUUUUCGUUGCCUUGAUGGUGUGGAGCUUCGACCUAGAGGUGGUGCCAGAGAAGCUGAGGGGCUUCGAGGCGUUUGACAGCCUGACGCACAAGCCCAAGCAGUGUUAUGUGGUACUGAAGGAGGCGGGCAAGUUAUGGACAAAUUAA